AUGGGUCGCCUUCACAGCAAAGGCAAGGGUAUCGCCUCUUCGGCCAUCCCAUACUCGCGCACUGUCCCUACCUGGUUCAAGAGCAGCCCCGACCAGGUUGUCGACAACAUCUACAAGUUGGCUCGCAAGGGCGCAACACCUUCUCAGAUUGGUGUCAUUCUCCGUGACAGCCACGGUGUCGCUCAGGUCAAAGUAGUCACUGGCAACAAGAUCCUCCGAAUCCUCAAAUCUGGUGGCCUCGCUCCCGAGAUCCCAGAAGACCUGUACUUCCUCAUCAAGAAGGCUGUUGCCGUCCGCAAGCACCUCGAGCGCAACCGAAAAGACAAGGACAGCAAGUUCCGUCUUAUUCUGAUCGAGUCAAGAAUCCACCGUUUGUCACGUUACUACAAGACUGUUGGCGUCCUGCCUCCGACAUGGCGGUAUGAGAGCGCCACUGCCUCGACUAUGGUUGCAUAA